AUGGACCACGAGGAGAGCAACAGCCAGAGCGUUGAGAUUGUGGAGGAAAUGGUUCACUCCCUUCUACACCCCAGUACGGACCUCGAGACCAUCCGCGAGGAGGACCAGCUGGAUGGGAGUAUGCUCAAACUGUUUUCCGACAUUGUUAGGUGCUUUGUCACCCGCAUCCUCCACACUGCAAUCAGGGAGCACAACGAAUAUCUGUGCAAUGGCUGCAAGAUCUCUCACGGGAGCCAGAAGCAGCACACUUGCUUAUUUGGCAUCCCAAACAAUUUUUUACGCAAGCAUUAUGACGAUUUGGAGAAAAGGGUCUUGACAGAGCAAUUUCUGGUUGCUGCCUCACAAUUGCUGGAGAAAUAUAACAUCCGUGUCUCUGAGGAAAAGAUCAGACACGCUGCAGAAUCUACUCUACUGGGGCUGAGAGGUUGUAAGAAUCUUGAGAAAACAUCUGACCACACUGUGGCUAACUGGCUUGACAUCUUUCUGUUUGACCAUCCCUACAUCCCCUACAAUGACUGCUUGACAUUCCUUUUUUUCUGCUAUGCCUGUCUUUCGAUGCAGCCUCUAAAUUUGGUUGCACUUGCCUAUGACAGAAUGAUAGCCAUCAUCUUCCCACUGCACUAUCGAGUGAAGGUGACCCACAGGUUCAUGUUUUCUUUGAUUGUCUCUUUCUGGCUUUUUGCCAUUACUGUUACAAUUAUUGCAGUUACCCUUCUAACAAGGCUUUCCUACUGUAAGUCUGUGGUAAUUAACAGCUAUUUCUGUGACUAUGGCCAAAUAUACAGACUGGCUUGCAAUGACAAUAUAUCCGGCCUGGUAAUUAGUGUCUUGCUACCAGUUCUGCUUCUUUGGCUUCCACUGGUAUUCAUCUUGUUUACUUACCUAUAUAUUUGCUUUUCUUUGACUAAAGUGGCCACAGUUCAUGAGAGAGUGAAGGCUUUUAAAACCUGCACUGCUCAUCUUUCAUUAGUCACAAUUUAUUUCCUCCCAGUUAUGAUCACUUUUACCUCACUGGGAAAUUUACAUCCAAAUGCCAGGAUCAUAAAUCCGUCUUUGACCUCUGUCUUUCCUCCCACAUUGAACCCAAUCAUUUAUGUUCUGCAAACGAAAGAAAUCAAAGAAUCUGUAAAAAAGCUGUUCAAAAUUAGAGUGCAGUCUAAAAAAAUAACACAAACAAUAAGCAAUAAGUGUGUUUGUUGA